GAUAGAUUAAAACACAUGGUGAUGGUCGUCGUCGUCCAUCGGCUUGAUCUGGUCGCAUGGAGGUUAUCUAUUUUGCUAUAGAUACAGGGGCGCAGAUAGAAUUUAUUUAUUUUUCAUUUCAAAAGGUUUAGUUUGGAAAAAUAGAAGUUGUGUUUAUUUUUUAGGAAAAGGACAUAAAAAAGGCGUCAUGAUGAUGAUGAGCAUCGUGGCUGUCUGGGAGUAGAUUUGGGGGUGCCUUCAUUAACACGCACAUCAUCAUUAGUAUUAUUACAAACACACAAAGAAUUACUCUUAAAAAUCUAAUCGAGGCGCUCUCUCUCUCGAUUUUUUAUUUUUCUAGUAGUGUUUUAUAAUAUAAAUUAGGGUUUGGGAAUUACGAGCUCCGCCAGUAUUAGGUAUUAGUAGCAGUAGAAGAGGAGGAGGUGGAGGAGGAGGAGUGCGAUUGGAAUUGGAAGAUUGGGGGGGAGACGAAGAGGAUGGAGAACGGUGGUCACGAAAGGAAAUUAGCAGAUAAGCUAUCUGGAUUAUCCUUCAAUAAUAGUAAUGACUCCAGCCAAAACGACAACAACAACAACAACAACAGCUUGUUUCAGGUCAUGAAAGCAGUCGAAGCUGCCGAGGCUACCAUUAGGCAACAGGUGGAAGAGAAUACGCUAUUGAAGUCUGAACUUCAGAGCAAGACUCAGCAACUUGAAAAAUAUAAAAUAGGUGAACCUUUGACUGAAAGGUCUCAUUCUGUUGAUCAAUGGAACGAGCGGGUUCAUCAAUCAGCAUCAUCUGCUGUUGCUGGUGAUCCUACCAGUGUACUGGUUCCCAACAACGGGGAUCCUGCCUCCCAGAGUAAUCUUUGGAAGCAGGAUUUUGCUCUCAAGGUUCGUGAAAAUGAAGAAGAGAUUAUGCAGUUAAGGAAACAUCUUGCUGACUAUUCUGUCAAGGAAGCACAAAUUCGGAAUGAAAAGUAUGUUCUGGAAAAGCGCAUUGCUUACAUGCGACUGGCCUUUGAUCAACAGCAACAAGACCUUGUUGAUGCUGCAUCAAAAGCUCUAUCAUACAGACAAGAUAUAAUCGAGGAGAACAUACGUCUUACAUAUGAAUUGCAAGCUGCACAGCAAGAAAGAUCCGCAUUUGUAUCGUCAUUGCUGCCACUUCUCGCAGAGUAUUCUUUGCAGCCACCAGUUCUUGAUGCUCAGUCUAUUGUUAGCAAUGUCAAGGUGCUGUUCAGACAUCUCCAGGAGAAGCUUAUUCAUACUGAGUCAAAGCUCAAGGAGUCACAGUAUCAAUUGGCACCUUGGCGUUCAGAUGUGAACCACACAAAUUUUGCUCCACAGUCACCUUCUCAUGCUGCUUUGAGCAAAAGUGGGCUUGAAUUGGUGCCACAGCCAUCAUAUUCCCAUGGAAAGAUACCUAUGACUUCUUCUGAUACUCAGACAGCAGCAGAUUGGGAUCCAUUGAGUCACCAUCAGAGUGGUUUGGCUGGUGGUGCUGCGAAAAAUCUGGAUCUUGAUGAUGCAGGGAGGUAUUCACCUCUUGCUAGCAGGAAUUCAGCAGCUCAUGAUACUCCGACACAUUUUACAGCACAAGCUAUUCAUUAUGGUGAAGAAACAACCAAUAAACAAGUCAUGUUUCGCGACCCUGUCAGCAACAGUGAGAUGGAUGAUCCUGAAGCAGAGGGACAACUGAACGAGAGAGAACCUCCAACUAAUUGGGGAUCAGGAAACCCUGUAUACUCAAAUACAUUGGAUGAUCCUGGCUCCUCAUAUUCUCCUUACCUACCUCCAGUUCUUGAAGAACCUUCUUCUUCCUUUUCUGAGGCUGCAGAUGAUGAUCCAUUACCAGCAAUAGAGGGCCUCCAAAUUUCAGGCGAAGCACUUCCAGGAAGAGAACUCCAGGCAUGCGGAUACUCCAUCAAUGGAACAACCAGUUGUAAUUUUGAGUGGGUACGGCAUUUGGAAGAUGGAUCUGUUAAUUACAUUGAAGGAGCAAAACAACCAAACUAUCUAGUUACUGCUGAUGAUGUUGAAACCUACCUUGCUAUAGAAGUCCAGCCUCUGGAUGACAGGAAGCGCAAGGGGGAGCUUGUAAAGGUCUUUGCAAAUGAGCACAAAAAGAUCAGAUAUGAUCCUGAGAUGCAUGAACGCAUACAGAAGACUCUUUAUAGUGGCCAUGUUUCGUAUAAAGUAGGCCUUUCGACUGGAUUUAUUGAUAUAUGGGAACCAGCUACUUUGGCCAUCAAGAGGGAGGGCUACAGUUUCAAGAGUGAAUCUGGGGGUGUGGUUGUCACUGAGAAGUUUUCACCAACCAUAAGUGUUACAAUUCCCUACGGACAUGCUUUAGAAUUUAUAUUAACUGAUUCUACUGGCCAUCAGUAUCUCUUACAAGCAGGUGACAGCUCAACAGAUAUCAGCUAUGCAAGAGAUACAAUUGUUCUCACGUUGAGAUUAUUUAUCAAACAGUUUGGUGAAAGAAAGAAAGGAAAGAAAAGAAGUAUAUUUUUCAACAAGUGAGGGAACAACAUUUUUUGAGACGUCAAGCCUGGGAAUAGCAUUCUGAACUUGAUGAAUCCUGUGUACAAUCUGUUGUAUGCAAUGAGCUUGAGUUGUAAUUGCAAGUGCAUUAGUGCUUAUUUCUUGUCAUACUAGUCUCUCAGCUUACUCUAUUUUGUAAUUAGAAACUCAUUUUAAAGGAAAGAGAAACUGCGUUGAUUGGGGAAGUUAACCCGAUGUAGCCAUGAAGAUCGAGGUGGCUUUUACGAAA